AUGGCUGACAUCAAGAGAUCUCGGAAAUGGAUUCACGACCAGAUUGAAUCUUUAAACCCUUAUGAGGACUACGCGGAGAUAUUCCGGCUCUCCGUGGGGUAUGGAGGAAACGAUUUCAUGAACACCCUGAUCUACUGCCUCACCUUUCCCAAUUUCAUCGUGACCGAGUGGGGCGCCCGCGUCGUUUGGCGAGAGGACGGCGGUAAAAUCUUGAACAAGGCGGGAGAAAGAGUCGAGCAGACCGAGAGCAAAAAUGCUACUUGGUGGUGGUAUGGCCCGCACGACACGCGAACCAAGGAGUCGGUGGAGAGCAUCAACAAGCUGCACAGAUACUGGGCAAAGCAGUACAAGGGCGUCUUCUCCCACAAUGACGAUUACAUCUACACACUUGCGUUUACUGGCACCAUGAUGGACCGUCUGCGAAAAAGGCUUGGCCUCUCUGGAGUUUCCGACAAGGUCAAAAUCGCCUCGCAUCUUGUCAUGAGGGAAAUGGUUCCUCUUUUCCAAGCCGAGGAUGGAGUGGCACUACAUUCGUUCCCGAGCGAUUGGGACGGCAUGGUCAGGUACUGCGAGGACUACGAGAAUCAACCGCACCCCGGAUCUGAGCAAGGCAAUCUUUGUGCGAAUGCCAUGUACGACUUUUUCGCAUUUCGGUUCUUUCCAAGACCCUUGAGAUGGUUGGGGCGCUCCAUCCCGAUCGCACUCAGUUUGCCAACUACUUUGCGAGCACAUCACAUUGAGCCAGUUAAUCCAUGGCUCCGGGCCAUGGUCAUAUGGGCCUUUGGCUUUCUGUUCUGGCUGCAGGACAAUGUAUUCCCUGACCCUCAGGUUGCCGCGGUACCACAGAUGGAAAAUAUGGGACCAGAGGACAAGGUUCAGCGAAAGCAACAGAUCCAGGAAAUGGAUGCAGAGUAUGCUCCAGACUUUGCCAAGCGCUACUCGAAUGUUGCGCAAUGGGGAGGCUGUCCUUAUCACCAGGCUUUAAAGGUUGUUGGGCAGGAGAGAAUUGUAGCUCACGAAGACAAAAUGAAGUAA